AUGAGAGUGGAGGCCAAGUUGUUCAAGGCCAGUAUCCACAUGAAGUCGCUUGAUAUUCUUGAUAAAUAUAAGCAGAAGCAUUCUAAAGCUGAUCUUGAUGCAAAUGGCCUGAAUAGUCAAUGCUGUAUGACUGCUGGCAUCGGCCAGCGCCAAAGCGGACGGGACGCAUCUUCGUCGUCUCCUGCAUCCUCGAGCAGUCUAGAAACUCGCUCUACUCGUUUGCCACUCGACGAGCAAGCCAUUGUUGCGGAAUCUGCUGCUGCGCCACUCAGAAAUCCAUCGCCUCUCUAG